AUGGCCAGCGAUGAGGGUAUCAGCACAUUUCCCUGCUGCGGCAAGAACGCGGUGGAGAUCGCGGAGAGACCGACUGACAGCUUCCAGUCCCACCCCCAUGAAGAGCAAGAAGAAAAGGAAACAGAGCUUUCAGCCGAAAACCUUUCAUUGCCAGAGCAGGAGACUCCACACGGAGAAGAGCCUGACCUGGACCCAUGCCCAGACCUGAUUCCAGACCUGAUUCCAGACCCAGACCUGAAUCCAGAUCCACACCCGGACCCAUGUCCAGACCUGAUUUCAGACCCAGACCUGAUUCCGGAGCCACACCUGGACCCAGCCCCAGACCUGAAUCUAGACCCACACGGGGACCCAGCCCCAGACUCAGACCUGAAACCACAGGCGACGAGGAAGCCGGAGGAGGAGAAGCAAUGGCACCCUGAGCCCAUAUCUGAAGCUAAGGUUGUGUGCUACCGAGAAAAGUGGGGGCCGCAGAGCUACAGGAUAGAAACCCUCCAGCUCUACAUGGACGAGCUGUCGUCCGUGCAGAAGAUCAAGCCCUGGAAUAUCAGUGCAAACUACAAACACUUGGAGGAGGAGCCAGUGACCCCCACGUAUUGCUCCAUCGGCGUGCAGACCUCGGAGGACCUCUUCUGGGCAAACAAGCUCAUCCAGACAUCACAGCACAGCCUACAAUGCACCGUCGAAAUGCUGGGUGACAAGAGUCCUCCAGAGCAGAAGUCCAUCCCCCCUACCCAGCCACUUCUCCCAGGAGAAAACACCCAACUGUCACCAAGCCCCCAUGUGCCCUGCGCCAACCUGCCCACAGCCAUGGACCUGAAAGAGCUGAUCAACUUAGCAACCUCCCUGGCCAUGGCCUCCUCUGGUAACAUAGACUUGCCCACUUUGGAGAACCUGAUCAGAGCCUCACUCCACAGGGAUGAGGAGCCCAUCAUCCUCAUCCAGACGUCUGACCAGUCCACCCAAUUUGAACAGUCCACUCAGACUGACCAGCCUGCCUCAGAGAACCAAGAGCUGCCAGAGAAAUUACCUGAAGCUGGGGAGCUACACGAACCUUGGACUUGGGAAAACAGCAGCAUCCCCUGUCACCUAUACUUCAGCCAGCCAGGGGUGAAGAAGGCCACCUUCAAAGGGAAAGUCAAAUUUCUACAGCCGCUGCCCUCAUCAACCCAGCUUCAAGAAGUCAAGGAAGACUCGGUGCCAAGUACCAAGAAAGGGAAUCCAUUACUGCUGAAAAUCCAUUUUAAGCUGUCCUCCCCUUCAGCCCCAGAGAAAUGA